UUGAUGUGAAUUUUAAAGGUAAAAGGUCUAAGAAUACGGUUGCUGUAGGUGUUGGUGUUGGAGUUGCAGCUUUUUGUGGCGUUCUCAUUGUAUGUUUGUUCUGCUUUGUUAUGAAAAGAAGGAAAAGAAAAGUUGAACAGUUGAAAAGCAAUAAGAACCUCUUGUCGCCAUCAUUAAGCAAUAUUAAUGGCGGUGUGACAACCUCUACAACUGCAAAUAGUAUGGCUCAAACUGCUCCUUCUUACCAAACCUCCAAGCUUGACUCUGCGCAGAAGAGUUUUUACUUUGGAGUUCAAGUUUUUAACUAUGCUGAACUAGAAGAAGCUACCAAAAAUUUUGACCCUUCCAUGGAACUUGGUGAUGGAGGCUUUGGAACUGUUUAUUAUGGAACCCUUAAAGACGGACGUGUGGUGGCAGUAAAACGCCAUUAUGAAAGCCAUGCGAAACGUGUAGAUCAGUACAUGAAUGAAGUCGAGAUCCUAGCUCGCUUACGACAUGACAACCUCGUAGCACUGUAUGGAUGUACCUCCAGACACAGUCGAGAACUCAUCCUUGUCUAUGAGUACAUUUCUAAUGGAACAGUCGCCGACCAUCUCCAUGGCAAACUAUCUCGCUCAUCUUUGCUUCCUUGGCCUAUACGCAUGAACAUAGCAGUAGAAACAGCCGAAGCCUUAGCCUACCUUCACGAAUCAGAUGUCAUACACCGAGACGUCAAAACCAACAACAUUCUCCUAGACAACAAUUUCCGAGUUAAGGUUGCUGAUUUUGGUCUCUCACGUUUGUUUCCUAAUCAUGUCACACAUGUUUCUACUGCUCCACAAGGCACACCUGGUUAUGUCGAUCCUGAGUAUUAUCAGUGCUAUCAGUUAACUGAUAAGAGUGAUGUUUAUAGUUUUGGGGUGGUAUUAAUCGAGCUCAUAUCAUCCUUACAAGCUGUGGAUGUAACUAGGAAUCAUCGUGACGUAAACUUAGCCAACAUGGCUGUGGAUAGGAUUCAGAAUAAUGCAGUGGAUGAGUUGGUUGAUCCAUAUUUAGGGUUCAAAACGGACAAUGCUGUGAGGAAGAUGACUACCGGAGUAGCAGAAUUAGCUUUCAGGUGUUUGCAGAAGGAGAGAGAUAUGAGACCUUCCAUGAAAGAGGUGAUUGAGGUCUUGAGAGAGAUCCAAGGUAAGGAGUAUAACGUGAAGGACAAGGAAGUGAUGAAGAUGAUGGGUAAGGCAGAAGAAAUGGUGCUUUUGAAAAAUUGCAGUGCACCAGUUUCACCAAAUUCGGUUUCUGAUAAAUGGGUUAGCUUCUCUUCUGCGUCUAACUCCUCACAGAAUCUAUCAUCUCCUAAUUAUUCUGUUGGUAAGACUUAGAAUUAGUAAGCUUCACAGUUCAUAUAAUUUCAGAGACCCUUUUUGUUCUCAUUCUUAGGACACUUACGCAUGUUGUGGGAUUAAUAGGUGAGAGUGAAAUUAUUGUUGAUUUGGGUCAUUUAAAACACAAACACACACACACACACUGCCUUGUAUAUAGAAACCACGUUUUGAUGGAUUAGUGUUUCUUUUGGAUUAUAAA